UUAAGGCAAAAGCGCCUAGAUAUCGUUGGCGUUACAUUAAGGUGGGUGUGACUAACCGUCCUAGUGCGUCCUAUUGCCUGUAAAUGGUAACCCUUUUUUACAGAUGUUCAUGCACAUCGCCGUUUAUCAUUUUUAAUUCCAAACAUUUAUAAGUACUCCAGUAGUUUUCAAGUCUACUGACUGACUGACUGACCUUGUUUUAAGGCUGUGUAAAAUGGCACUCGUGUUUAGUACUAUAUAAAGUUUACACUAGUUAGGAGAUCUACGAAAUAUUGUUUGGAUUUAACCAAUCUGUCUACACGUCUUAAUCUGUCAAGUAAUCUUUAAAUUCAGCCAUCUGUGCAAGUGGUUGUUUCUAGGUAAUAUUUGCUGAUUAGGGUUAAAAUUACUUUUCGAGCUCACUUUUCCGGUCUGAACUUUAGGUGGAGUCUCGUCUAACAGGAGCGUACUCUUGCUUAAAGGGAAAUUACGUGCUCUGUCUUUCAUUUUCCUCUUGUUAAUUUUCAUUUUCUAGAUAAAGUGUUGGCGAAACUAAUUUAUGGACGAACCAAUCAGAUUUAAAACAACAGGUCUUGUAUUUUUGUGCGUAAUUCUAUCAUCCAUGUGGCCAAAUAGCGUUUCGUCAUUUUAGCUAGUAUCAAUUCGUGAUUAAAACUAUCUAAUUUCUAACCCUAACCAUCAAUUGUUUAUAACUCAUUUUCAAGGCCACUUUAACACCGCUCAAAAGCCGUCCAUAAAACAUAGCCUCACCAAGAUAUUUAUUCAAAUUAUAGUAAAUUGUGCAAAUAAUAUGCAUUCUAUCAUAUUGCAGUUCGAAGUGUAUUUACCGUAACGGCAAAGUGAAAUAGUCUACUGUUUAACAUUAAUUAACUUGUGAGUAAGUACGAGGUUUAACAGUGAGUGGUUAUGUGGGCAUAGCGGAAGCUGUUGCACGAAAGCAUAUAAUAUGUUAGGAUAAAAGUCGCUACUGUGUUGUUCUUCUGGACUACAUUUUUUCAAUACUAUAAUUUAUAGACGAACCAAUGUAAUUUGAGAUAUCGAGUCUUGGAUUUCGGCUCAAGGUUCAAUAAUCUAUAUUGUUAAAUAGUAUUUUGUCAUUAUAACCGAUGUCAGUUCGUAAUGAAAACCCUAACUAAUUACUGACCCCAUUUGAUCUAAUUGAAUCCUAGUCCUGUUUCCUUACAAUGGUACGUAGCCCUUUUUGACCUCUGUAGGUAGCAGAUUAUCCUCAGGGUCACUCAAGCAUUUCUCAAAAGUCGUCCAUAAAUUAUAUUCUGUUUUCAACAGGAUUGGUCCACUAUAUUGCUUCAAUUCACGUUUUUCUUCUUUCAAAAGGUUUUCAGUCCUGUUUGAGAGAUCCUUAUCUCUUCUUGUACAAUGUCAGAGUCUUUACCAAAUGUUGAAGAUUUGCACAAAUUGAAGUUAAGCGACCUGAAAAAAAUAUGUAAAGAAAACAAACUUCCAUCUACAGGAACAAAAGUCGAACUCAUCUCACGUAUUACGGAAAUGCACGGAAAUAAAUUUGUACUGUUACAACCUGGCGAUGAAGCAGAACUGCUUGGAGAUGAUGAAGAUGGUGAUUCUAACCAUGUGAAUAUAUCACUCUCUACGACAACAGCAAUGGAUUGUAGCAAUAGUAAUGAAUCUCCAAAUGGCCUUAACUUCCCAGCUGUAACUGCAAAUAAAACUGUCGGACGUAAACGUCCAGCCAGUGAACUGACACCUGAAAAAGAUUCAAUGACUGGUGGUGAGAAAGUUCUGAAAAUUGCACAUACAACUGAUGAUUCACAUGAUAAUGCUAAAGAAGAAAUAAAAAAUUUAUCGGAUUCUGAGCGUCUAAUAUCUCGUACUAAACGUUUUAUGUCCGAUGAUGAAAAAACAAUUGCUCGUGCUAAACGAUUCGGUUUACCAAUUAGUAAUACUGUAAAUACUGUAUGUUCAAAUGAUGCUUUAAAAUUGGAUGAAUUAGAAAAAUUAAAAAAACGUGCUGAACGAUUUGGUGUUACUACUAGUAAAACAUUAGAAAAGUUAACCGAUUUGGAGCGUAAAGCUAAACGUUUGGAGAAAUUCGGUAAACCUCUGUCAUCAGUGAAUACACAGAUUAAUGAUGAAUUAGCAAAGUCUAUUCGUGCACAAAAAUUUGGUCUAGUUUUAUCCAGUAACAACAGUAUGUCAGAUGCUGAAAAAUUAUCUAAACGUCAAGCACGAUUUGGUUUAGUUGAUAAUAAAAUUUAACACUGCAUGAAUUAGUUUGUAAAGUUUUUAUAUUUUUUUUCCAAAUAUGAUUUAUCAUUAUACACAUAUUUUU